AUGGUCUGCCAGGUUCAUGCAGGCGGGUUUGGCUAUAUUGAAAUAAACGGUGAACCAGGCAUUGAUAAUAUCCAACGCGCAAGAGCACACAAAAGUUUACUACAACCGCUGAAACUGAAAAUAAUAGUGGAAGAUACGGAUAAUAAAGAAUGUAGUUUAAUUGUUGAACAACAAAAUAUAGCGCGUGAAUUACCAACAAAAGAAAAUUGUAUAUCUCACUGGACGGAAAAAGAUAGUGGUGAUGGACUCAAAUCCUUCACCUGA